UGGGAGCGAAUGCGUGUGUUGAAUGGUGCAUGAAAAUGGAUUUAAUUGCUGAUGGAAGUGUGGUGAAUGCGGGCAGGAUAUGGUAUUAACAGAAAGGAAAGGUUUGUAGAAGGGAAGGGUAUUAUUGUAAAUUAGCGAAAUUCACAUCGUUAAAUCGGGUUAUGGAACCAACGAAUAGAACAAAAAUAUUGCCUAUAAAUCAUCAAGAUUAAAUAUAUGAACAAUAGUAGUUUAACAAUUCCUUCUUGCUUAGGGUUAAAUAUAUGCGGUUAACUCUCUACUUUUCAGCAAGGCCUUGCUAUCUCAUCCACUCAAUGAUUGAGAACAGAAGUUAUGUUAUAUAUGCAAAGAAAGCAAGUAAUUCUCUGAAAAAUUAAAAAAUAUAUAUAUUCUAUCGAUUUUUGUAAAAUAUAUAUCAUGCACAAUAUCAGCAUAUCUGAUAGAUACUUCUGCUUAACUUCACAGAUACUUAUGUUUUAACAUGAUGAAAACUUUUAAUCAGAUCUAACUUGUGUUGCAAAAGAUUUUCUAAAAAGCAUGCUUUAGCGAGGCAUAUUCUAACACAUGUGAAAGAAAAGCCUAUCUGUGAAUCAUACUAUAUUAAAUAUUUUCUACUCAAAGCACUCAAAUUUGGAAUAUAUGCAUGCUUACGAAAGAAUUCUGCAAAAUGUGUACUAAAGUCUUUUCUACGCAGGAAAAUAUAAUGCCACAAAUCUCGAAGCGUAUUAAAGAGAAACCAUUUGUUUGUAAUGUGUGCGAUAAAGUAUUUUCUCUCAAAGGAACUUUAAAGACACAUUUAAGGACGCAUACGAAAGAAAGUCCGUAUAUUUGUGGGGUUUGCAGUAAAGCUUUUUCUCACGAAAGAAAUUUACAGGUACAUUUAAAGGUACAUUAUCUGCAUACCGCAGAUAAUCCGUAUGCUUGUAAUGUGUGCGAUAAAGUAUUCUCUCACAAAGGAAAUUUAAAGACACAUUUAAGGACGCAUACGAAAGAGAAACCGUAUGUUUGUGUUUGCAAUAAAGCGUUUUCUUUAUUGGGAACUUUAAAGAGUCAUUUAAGGACGCAUACGAAAGAGAAACCGUAUGUUUGUGAGAUUUGCAGUAAAGCGUUUUCUGAGCCAGGAGUUUUAAAGAAACAUUUAAGAACGCAUACCAAAGAGAAACCGUAUGCUUGUGAGGUUUGCAAUAAAGCGUUUUCUCUACGAGGAUAUUUAAAGACACAUUUGAGGACGCAUACGAAAGAGAAACCGUAUGUUUGUGAGAUUUGCAGUAAAGCGUUUUCUGAGCCAGGAGUUUUAAAGAAACAUUUAAGAACGCAUACCAAAGAGAAACCGCAUAUUUGUGAGAUUUGCAAUAAAGCGUUUUCUCACAAAUUUAGUUUAAAGAUACAUUUACUGACGCAUACGAAAGAGAAACCGUAUGUUUGUGAGAUAUGCAAUAAAGCGUUUUCUCACAAAAAUAGUUUAAAGAUACAUUUGAGGACGCAUACGAAUGAGAAACCAUAUGUUUGUGAGCUUUGCAGUAAAGCGUUUUCUGAGCCAUCAAAUUUAAAGAGACAUUUAAGGACGCAUACGAAAAAGAAACGAUAUGUUUGUGAGGUUUGCAGUGAAGCGUUUUCUCUACGAGGACAUUUAAAGACACAUUUAAGGACGCAUACGAAAGAUAAUCCAUAUGCUUAUAAUGUGUGCGAUAAAGUAUUUUCGCACAAAUAAUACAAAGUAAUAAUUGAUACUGUGUAGUAAUUUAAAUAAAUUUCCCAUUAAAUUUG